CUGUCAUGAAGUGACCUUCCCUCCCUCUCUCUCUCUCUCCCUGCUGGUUUCUCUUUCUUCCUCCACUUCCCUCUCUGUCUGCUUCUCCCUUCAUCUGCAGAUGUGCAUGACGCAAAACCCUGAGGUUUAAACAUUAAGGACAGGGGACAUGCCACUGACACAGGACAACUCAGCGUAGAGAGGAGGACCAGUGCUGCUGCUGCUGCUGCUGCCGCUGCUGCCGCUGCUGCUGCUGUUGGGACUAAUGGAGUCGUCCUCUGGAGAUGUAGGAGGAAGCACCGAGGACGUUCCAGCAGGAAGCAAAAAGACCAAACUCAAGUCUCUGAGAACUCGUCUCUUCAAGAAGAGUGGGAGGACAGGUGAGGAGAGACACGACAAGCUCAGUCAGUCGGCCAGUGACAUCACUGCGGGAGAGGAACUCGGCUCAGAUGACGAUUUGGCAUGCUCUCACAGCGUUAUGGGCUCCCGAGCGUUGUCUCACGACAGCAUCUUUCUGGACGAUGAGGUCUUGACAGACACGGAACCGGCCCGGGUCUUAUCACAGGAGAAUGUCCACAGCAAGAUCAAAGCUCUGCAGACGAAGCUCCAGCAGCAGAAGAUGCACUUGGGGCCACCACCUCUGGUUCUGCCAGUCAGACGUCCAGAAGACGUGGGAAGCCACUUGGAGGAUGACGGACUUCUGUCCGGCUCGCCCAAGAUCACGGGAAGUGAUGUUACAUCCCAGGGAGUCUUUAGCAAGAACACAACCCGGCCAUCCUCUCCUCCCCUCUCACCUGUCCCUGUCCCUGCUUUGGCCAAGUAUGUUGCUCCGUAUCCCUCCCGCCCGAUUCCUGCUUCUGCGCCCUCCGUCACUGAGACCGCGCUGGACCUCAGUUCUCCAGCUCAGUUCACCCCCUGCCUGGACACUUCUGCUGCUCGCCACCGGAUGUCGGUGAAACCCAGAAACCAGAGGGCGAGCACCAAGAAGAGAGUCGCUACAACUGAUUCUAGGCUUUCCUCGUACACGCCGAACAACAGCGACCACUCCGAGUCAGUGAACGAAGAAGAGCUGCCACUUUGUGUUCAAGACAAGGUGUCACUGGAAACAGAUCAAGGAGAGGCUGACAUUAUCAACACAGCUCAACGUGCUCCUUCAAAAACCCCAGAAGUGGAACCAGUCGCGUCAGAAGCAUCAGCCAAAUCAUCUAGUUUGACUCUUUCCCAACCGGAGCCUGCUCCUCCUAGUAGAGCGCCUCCUGUCUCCUCACAUGUUCUCAGACUUAAGCCUCAAAGACCAGUGGGUGUAACAUCCAGUGAACGGCCGCAUUCGUCCUUUAUAGAGUCCGAGCUUAAAAGUAGAAGAGAGGCAGGCUUUGAGAUACAAGUUAUGUCAUAUGAGAGGAGGAAUACGCUAAAAAGAACUGAAGACUCCUCAGAGAAGCUCUCGGCAGUCGCCAGCUCGACCGUGACAUUUAGGCCUUCCGCUGUUCCCCAGGAGGUCCAAGACGAGACAGAAACCACAAAAGGUUUAAAAAGACCUGCCCCGGGAUCUGGAUCCUUCCAUUUCUCCAUCACCGCUGCCAGAGAACGAGAUGAAGCGAUACCCCGAUCAAACAGUUUUGUGGGAAUAAGGGAACAAGCCGAGGCCACGCAUGAAGGGAGAGAGGAUAAGUCCUCUUCAAGCCAGAGGGAGAAGGAAGAGCUCAGAGACCUACAGCCCAGAGGGAGCCCCUUUCCCUUUGCUGUGGGAAGAUUGAGACAAGAGGGAGCGCCACCCAAAAGUUCAGUUCUUCAAUGGGAUAAGAGGGGCAGCCUCACAAAAUCAGAAACAUCAUCUGCUUCUAAAAAUGCAGCUGCAGACACCGGCGGUUCAGUGGAGGUGGAGAAGAGCCAGAGGGAAGUGAAAAGGAAACUGGAAGAGGGGGAGAGGAGCCACAAGGAGGUGAAGAGGAAUCAGGAAGAGGUGGAGAGGAGCCUGAAGGAGGUGAAGAGGAGCCGAGAGGAGGUGGAAGAGGCAGUGGAGGCACAAGAGGACGUCCAGGAGGAGGAAGGAAAGAUGGCGUUUGGUGUCAAACUACGCACAACGUCUCAAUCAAGGAGAUUUCAGCGUGAUUCGGCUACCAAUCAUCUCACCAAGCCACCAUUGUGUGAAGACUACUGUGGCACACAAAACAAGCAGGAAGUCAGCGUCUCUUCUUCACCGUCCACUUCUGCAGACGUCAGAGUGACAGACCCGGCCCCAUCUGGCUUCUCCCUUCCAGUCAAGAACAACCUGCCAUCUACAGGCGAGUCCCACGUCAGGCCUGCAGAGGUUCGAGCAACCGCGUCGGACCACAGAGACGCUGAGACCGUCCUCGCUCCUCAACCUCAAACAGCCUCAUCUGAGGUUUCCUGGAUGAGCCUCGCACUGGAGAAGACCAGAAGCCUGCAGCAGCUCUUCACAAGCAGAUUCCCCAGAGACAAAUCAGGCGCCACUCAACCAGAAGCGCAGCCGACGAAUCAAACGGAGCCACAGACGUCCGCAAGUCCACCGUCGACUGAUUCGGUGAAAAGUCCAACUGUCAAACCGUCACAAGUGUCAGUGCACCAGAAGACAUCUGUGAUGUCUCCUGCCCUGUCAAAGGCUUUUACUGACGCACAAACGUCACCAUCUCAUCCACAUGACCAGACAAAGUCGUGGACAGCCCAGUCCUCCUUGCGCUCUUGCACACAAACUGAGUCCUCAUCUCCCCUGGCACAGGGCAGUGCCACCCACUGUCUUGCACAAUCUCAGCCGUCCUUAGGACAGCAUGCCACGCCGUCCCAGCAACCUCCGUGGAGCAACCGAGUUCUCCAGCAAACCAUUCAGCCCAGGUCCACAACUGUGGUUUCAAGCACCUCGUCGGCAACAGCUGCUCCUCCAGGAGGGCAGAAAGAAGGCAGCGUGCAGGAAAAAGAGGCUUCCUCAUCCUCAGACAGACGCGCAGUGCGGGGUGGGUCAGUGAGCAUGAGGGCUGCUUUUCUGGAAAGAAGGGCGGAGAGAACCUCGCCAACUGUGACCAAGGAGGUGGAUUUGAAGAAAGUUCAAACCGAGGCGCAGACAUUAGAUGAAUCUCCUGCAUCGGCCAAAGCAACACCUGUCAGCACAGACACAAAACCAGAAGGAAGGCAGGGGCUAAAAGCUGCAGAGUCAACCCCCACAGAAAGGCCACGUGAGGACAAAUGGAUCCGGAGAAACGUGGCCACUUCAUCGCCCUCAUCGUCCCCCACUCAGUCCACAACAGUCUUGCAGUCCAUGUCGGGCCACGGUCAACCGUCCUGGAUGGAGCUGGCCAAGAGAAAGUCGAUGGCCUGGAGUGACAAGACCAUGGACUGAAACACAAUGAGCUGAAUGUUUGAUCACUAACUGUAUGCUGUUUGUCUUUUAAUUGUAGAAAUUAUGUUGAAACGUAACCUUUCCGCCGUAACUUAUGAAUCAUGUUUUGUCAGAUUCACCAUUUCACAGCUGUUAAUACUUUACGUUCAAUAAACUUUUUUUUUGUUUUCUUA